AUGGCUGUACAUCAAACGACAAAGGACGCCUUUGGCCCUGGAACAUUCGUUGAUCGCGACUUCAUUGGUGUGCCUGCCGAUGCGAGUAGGCUACUGAAACAUCUGGCUGGUAUCACACCUGGCUUCACGACCGAGGAGGCUGCCCUGAAUGAUGUCGAAUUCUCUGGGGGGGAACUACCCAUCAUCCCAGGACCCUUGAAAUCGCAGGUCUUUUCCGCCGUUCUACAUGCCAUGAUCGGCAUUGUUGCCAAAGAGAUCAGCGCACUUAAGGGCAUCCAAACGGGUAAAAUUCACAUCGACACUGACAAGUGUGGUCUGUACCCUGCCACCGUAGCCCUCGUCGACAUCGACGGUAAAGAACUCGGUGAUGUCAAGACCGAUGGCACCCUUACAAAAGCCAGUCUGGAUGUUGACAAGGGCUGCGUCAGCAAGAAUCACAUGUACAUUCGCUCGUGGGCCAUCUACCCAACUCGGGAUCCUCGCAUCUGGUAUCAGGUAAUGAGUAACCUCAACGCCCCAGCAUUUUUCAAGGUCUACGAUAUCGACGGAGAAGCCCCUGUUGGCACCAGAGAAGAGGCGUAUGAGCUGAUCAAAUCCACCAUCUCCAAGUAUUCAGCCGCCGAACUUGACAUUAAAAACAUGGAGAACGGAUUUUGCGGGCAGACUUGCUUCACGCCACAACACUGGGCAGAAACGUCGAUGGGCAAGCGACUGGCUACGCAUCCUUUGAUCGACUACGCGCAGGUCAAGGGCACUUCGGCAUUGCCACCCGUACCCUUUCCACAGACUGGUGAUGCUCGCCCGUUGACCGGCAUCAAGGUCGUUGAACUAGCCCGCGUAAUCGCUGGUCCAGCAAUGGGAGCGGCUCUUGCAGCCCUGGGUGCGGACGUCAUCAAAGUUCAAAGCCCCGACCUCCCCGAUCUGCAGCCUUUGAGUAUCACGCUUACCGCUGGUAAACGUACAUAUGCGUUGGACCUUCAGAAAGAGGACGACAGGCAAGCCUUGACUGACCUUAUGGCGGAUGCGGAUGUCAUAAUCCAAGCGUUCAGGCUACGCUCUCUCGAGCGGAAGGGCUUCGGGCUACAGGACUUGGUUGAGAUGUCGAGGCAACGUAACAAAGGAAUCGUCUACAUUGAUCUCAAUACCUAUGGACCGGAUGGCUACUACGCAGAACGCCCGGGAUUCCAGCAGAUUGCCGAUGCCGCUUCUGGGUGCUCUUAUGUCUGUGGCAAAGCUUAUGGAUUCGAGGACGGUGUCAGUGUCCUCCCUGCUCUUCCCGUUGCCGACAUGCUAGCUGGCGCGGUCGGUGUCGUCAACGUUCUCCUUGCUCUACGUGAUCGCGCAACUAAGGGCGGAUCAUAUCACGCCACCUCAGUCCUAACGUCGGUGGAUGUAAUACAACUGGGAGAGGCAUUUGGAUUGUAUUCGCCGGAUACAAUGAAGAGAAUCCAGGACAAGUAUGGUUUCAAACCCAUGACACCGGACCUGCACGUGGAAGAUCUUCUCUACAUCCUUGGGGAGGCUUGGUCAAGCCAUUCGGACCUUCUGCGCCGUGAUGGAUACAUGGUCACUUUCAACGAUACGGCAUAUGGCAAGAUGCACUCAAUAUUAUCUCCGAUCGUUCGGUUUGACAACGAUGAUUAUGAGACUUGGGCAUAA